UAGGUUUGGCAGGACUAAUGAAUUAAACAUCUUGGACUCUUGACAGUUUGCUGCUUUAAUAAUGCCUCCGAUGGAAGGAUUUUUUGCCCCAUGAAGCAUGACAGCACUGUAAUCCCUCAUUGUUGGAAAGGAAGGGACGGGACGGGACGGGACGGUGGAAUUGUAAAGGAAAACGGAAAAGGGUGGUCCUGAGGGACUGAAAAGCCUAUGGGAAGUGCAGGUAGCAGCAUGUUGCCCUGACAGCUGUUUCAACUUCUCAGACCUUGUCAGUUCGCUGCUAUGUAGCAGGUGCAGCCUUUUCUUUUAUUGAAUCUGUACUCCAUAAAGGCAACGACAAGCCAAGGCAGUGGCUGGCCCUGGAUUAUACAAGUGCAGACACUACUAAGUGAGCUGGAACACAUAAGUAAACGCAUAGGCUCAAGUGCCCACAUGAUCACCACAGCCCGGGUACCUGCUGAUAAACCAAUACGAAUUGCCUUCAGUCUAAAUGACUCCCCAGAUGAUGCUCCCCCUGAGAAUGCUUUUCCUUUGGCUUUUCCAGAUCUAGAAAAGCAGCUCCAGGUGACUCUGGCUUUAUUUAAUAUUCAGCCCCUGCCUCCUUGCCAUGACUCAAAGGAAUCUAUGCAGGUGUUUAAACAGCACUGCCAAAUAGCAGAAGAAUAUUAUGAAGUCAAAAAGGAAAUUGCACUGCUUGAAGAAAGAAAAAAGGAGCUGAUCACUCGACUAGAUCAAGUUGAGAAAGAAAGCAUGGAUGCUGCUCAGCUAACUAAAGAGUAUGCAGACCUCACGGAAGAGAACCGGACACUGAGGCUGGCCCAGACACAAUGUGUUGAACAGCUGGAGAAGCUUAGAAUACAGUAUCAAAAGAGGCAGGGAUCAUCAUAACUUUGAAUGAACCUGUCUGGGCCAAUAAAAAUGUGCGGCUGUUUCUUGUGCUGGGCAAGGUUUCCCCCCUCUCCCUUCAAACGUCCCCUCUAAUACAGUCUUUCCCAUCCUGGUGCCAUCCAAAUGUGUUGGACUGCUGCACGGCAAGCUGAAUGGGGCUGGAGGUCUUAGUCCAACACAGUUGGAAGCACUGGGAUGGGGAAGACUGCUGUAAUAUGUUGACACACUCCACCUGCAGAAUAUGCAAAUGUCUAGAUUUGAUUUAAUGCCUGUUUAAUAUGGAUACUGUAUCUAUUACCAAAAGGAUAUUUUAUUUCACAUAACAUAGUUGGAGGCUUAUCUGUCCCAUUUUAUGUUCAAAUGGAUUAAGCUUCUUUUCUAAAAACCUUUCUUCCAAUUUUAAGAAGACUCAAGCACACUAGAAAUACAUAUGUCUAGUCUCUGGGUUGGGAGGUGGACCAUAUAAAGGCAUAUGGCAGGAGCAGUGUUAAUUUGGGGAACAUGGAGCAUGUGCUAUCCUUCUCUAAACUGGCUAUGGAGCAAAGCUAGUCUGCUUAAAUGACAAAUACGUGCCAAAGGGCAAUCAUACAUUCAAUAUCUUUGAAAGUGAAUACAUAACACCUGCAUUACUUUCUUUAACUCUGGCUGUACACACUUUGCUUGAGUACAAUUUAACUUCUGAGCAGACAUGCCUAAGACUGCACUGUAUGUUGGCAAUGAUAAUUCAUGCAGUGCCAAUAAGUUAAGGCCAAAGUGCAGCAUUAUCUUACACCUUACCAAUCUUAACUUUCCCCUUGGAAGUAAGCCCAAUUUAUUUUAAUGACAUUUACUUUGAAAAUGAGUUUGCGUGGAAUUACAGACUUGCAUAGAAAUUCUAUCAAGAGGAAGACCUGCUGGUAUUUCAGUAGGAAGACUUGCCUCUCAGGACUUCUCUACAUGAGACAUUCAUUAGGCACUCAUAAUCCUUCACUCACAGAAGUUCGGCCUUUUAAUGAUGCUAUCCUCCUUCAGUGCCUGUCCUGAGUUUUCCAGCCAUUUCUCCGACUUUUUUUAGAGUGAGGAGAGUCUGGAUUUCAACAGAGGGCACCAUUGUUCACUACAAAAGCCUAGUGUAGUUUUGCAAUUAAUUCUACUAUAUACCACAGCACCACCUACUGUUGUGUAAUGGAACAUGUAGAAACAGAAGGGAAGAAGCAAGGCAGGGAGGAAAACCCCUCAGUAAAGUGCCAGGUUACAUGCCCUUAGGGACUAGGCCUGGUUCUCCUAAAAUGCAGCCUUCCAAGGUGGCUGCCUCAUAAAACUGGAAGAAGAGGUGGGAUCUUAGCUGAAAUACCAAGGCCAACAGGCCCAGAGAUAAGCCAUGAGGACAGUUAGACCCAGACCGUGUCUGGUUCUGUGGGAAACGCUGUUGAACAGGUGGUGCUAGAUGGGGAUGGACUUAACAUUAUUAAGCUGAUCAUAUGGCAUCAGAUCAAAUGGCAGACCAACUGAGUGGCACCGGAUAGUCCUACCAAUUGGUCCACAAGGAGCACAAACCAGCCUAAAGGUGGAACCAACUCCUUUUGGUUGAGAUAAGAGAAGGGAUCAACUUCUUCUCAUUAAGCCACAUUUCCCUAAUUGUUAGUAUUCUAACUUCACUGGUGCCUUUUAUUAAUAAUUGUUACAAUGCUCUUUUGUAUUACAAAGCCAGCCUAACUAGCCAGUUUUGAUAUCAUAAAGACUUUAGAAGCCUUUUGUCAUGAUCUGCUUGGAAGAAGCAGGGAAAGACAGACCAGAUUUUUGACAGUGUUUCAUGUACAGAAGUCUUCAUUAUAAGUGUGCUCGGAAUUUGAAUUGUAAUCCAAAUAUCCUUGGAAGCAAACUGUUGAAAUCAUGACCCUUCCCAUGCAUGGCAUCAUUGUUUUUUUAGUUAAUGCACAGAAGCUUUAGUUGUGACUUCAUCCAGUUAGACCUACUGUGCUAAAGCUUAAUGCCACAUACACAGGUCAGUGCAGGUUGACUUUAUCUUAGCUCCAAAUUUUUGAGUAAGAAAGUAAGUUAUGAUAGUGCAUGAAGACCAUUUUGGCUGACUUUCCCCAAGCCAGUGCAUAGCUGAAGAACAGCACACUCUGACUAAAAGCUGUGUACUGAAAUUGCUGUGAGAACCAACCUGUAUCACCAAGUAAAUGCAUUUUCAGGCCCAUCUAAGUCAAUUUAGACAAGAGAUGUCAUCAGAUCUCUGGACAUUUUCUCUUGUACUGCAAAAUACCCAGAACACCUCCAACUUAGAUUAGAGCUUUGUAGAUUAUAGUGUGUGGUGGGGAGGGGAAGGCUUUACAAUAAUUUGUUCCCAUCAAGUAAUGUGUCCUAUUAGAUAAAAUAUAUAAGGACCUAAAAUCAUUCAGUAGUUUUCAGAGUGGGACAAAUAGCAGCAUUGAGGGGGGGAGGGGGUUAGACAAAUAAGGUCAGGAAAAUGCUACAGUGAAAGAAUUACUGUCUCUUCCUCAAAUACGCCAAUUGCCACCUCUCCUUCUGGCAGCUGCCUUAAAGGGGGAAAGGGAAAAUGCGAUGCUGCCUAUUUACAAUACCUGGUGUUCCUUCUAGUCUCAUGCAAAUUAUUUGUAUGCCAAAAUCAUUAUGGUUUAUGUAGGGGUAACUUUUCUGUAUUCAGUAGGAUGGAGAGAGAGAGAGAGAUCUGAAAAGGGGAUAUUCAUCACAAUAUUCAAAGGCUUGCUUUUGCAUAUGAUAUUAAGGGUGCAAUCCUAUGCAUGUUUAGAUAGGAAAAAAACAGCAUGACUGGCUGAAGAAUGCUGGGAGUUGCAGGACUUUUUCCAGUCUAAACAUGUAUAGGACUGCAUUCUGAAUUGUCAAAAAGCAGCCGACAUAAGAGCAUUUGUCUGUGUGUUUUUAAUAUCUUGUCAUUGGAGAUACAGAAACUCCUGGGGAAUAAUUGCAUCCAACCUCUGUGUGUGUGUGUGUGUGUGUGUGUGUGUGUG